UGGAAGGACAGCAGUGACGUGCAGGCUGCUUUCUCCUGGUGGCAUCCCAAAAAAGACUGGGGCAGGAUGCCAGCUGGGCUGGGCUGGCUGCCACAGAGGAGGUCACAGCACUGCCCCCGAGCUGCAUCUUGGGCAUGAGGUAAACAGCGUCUUCCUUUCAGGUUUGGGUCAGCCGUGGAGCCGGGCAGGAAAACAAGGCAGGGGCCAGCUGGAGAGGGCUGUUGGUGCCAGGCAGCUUUGUCUGGAGCCCAGGGAUGGGGCAAAGGUGGCUCCAGGUGUCAGGACCUCAUGCACAGCGAGCUCAGCCCCUGUGCCACCAUGGUGGGUCUGAAGCCCCCCGAGGUGCCCCCACCGGCCGCCGUGAAGUUUGUCAGCGCGGGGAUGGCAGGCUGCAUCGCCGACCUGUGCACCUUCCCGCUGGACACCGCCAAGGUGCGCCUGCAGAUCCAGGGCGAGGUGACGAUCCCCCUCACGGUCAGCUCGGUGGAGUACCGGGGCGUUCUGGGCACGCUGAGCACCAUGGUGAGGACGGAGGGAGCCCGCAGCCUCUACAGAGGGCUGGCAGCCGGGCUGCAGCGCCAGAUGAGCUUCGCCUCCAUCCGUAUCGGCCUCUACGACUCCGUGAAGCAGCUCUACACCCCCAAGGGCGCUGAUAACACAGGCAUGGCCACGCGGCUCCUGGCGGGCUGCACCACGGGCGCCGUGGCCGUGGCCUGCGCCCAGCCCACCGACGUGGUCAAGGUGCGGUUCCAGGCCAGCGGGGCCCAGUGGGACAGCGCCCGGCGCUACAGCGGCACCGUGGAUGCCUACCGCACCAUCGCCAGGGAGGAGGGCGUCCGCGGGCUCUGGAGAGGGACGCUGCCCAACAUCGCCCGCAACGCCAUCAUCAACUGCGGCGAGCUCGUCACCUACGACCUGCUCAAGGACGCGCUGCUGCGGGCGCAGCUCAUGACAGACAACGUCCCGUGCCACUUCGUGGCCGCCUUCGGCGCCGGGUUCUGUGCCACGGUGGUGGCGUCCCCGGUGGACGUGGUGAAGACGCGCUACAUGAACGCCAGCCCCGGGCAGUACCGCAAUGCCCUGAGCUGCCUGCUGGCCCUGCUCAUGCAGGACGGCCCCGCCGGCCUCUACAAGGGCUUCGUCCCGUCCUUCCUGCGGCUGGGCUCCUGGAACGUGGUGAUGUUUGUGUCCUACGAGCAGCUGCAGCGCCUGAUGGUGCUGGCACGGCCGGCGCUGGCCUGAGCCCCCGGCGCCGCGGCCGGCCCAGCGAGGCUCCCAUCAAUUAUAUUAAUUGCCGGAGCGCCGGGGAGCAGCGGAGCCACACGCGCGGGGAGGGACCCGA